AUGGGCAGUUACAGCAUCGAUCUCCAGAACGACCCCAGUACAUCGUGGUUCAACACCCUCUGGGCUGACAAUGGCGAUGCCAUAUCUCGGCAGUAUGCUGGCACUGCUGCGCUAAAGGGCGACUUUACGCGUACCCGGAAACGGCAGAUAACUGGUGCGCUUACCGAUUUUGGACUGACACUCACGAGAUAUUACAAUAACAUCGUGAACGACUACUUUGCUCAGGCAGUCAUCGACUACCUUCUCGGUCGCGCUACCGAUACCAUCUUCGCAGAAUUCGAAGCCGAUAUGAAGAGCUCAGAUUACUUUAUCGAUGUACGCAAAGUGCGGCAGCAGGCCAUUGAACGUUCUGCUGGCAUCGUGAUUGAGGAUCGCGACGAAGACCUGGUACAUGGCUGGACGUUGAGCGUACCCACUGCUGUUAACCAGGUCAAGACUGCUACAUUUGAAGAAGCAGUCCUUCUACUAACAGAAAAGGCCUUGUACUUCUGCCGUCUCGACUGGGGAACAGAGAAAGUACGCGAGUUCGAGCGUAUUCCGCUGGAGAACGUGCAAGGGCUCAUGCGAGGUGUGUACGUUACGUCCACACUGGCGCAACGACACACCGACACAGACAAGAACGUUGGUCUCAUCAUACGAUAUCGAGCCGAUACCAAGGGCGAGCUAGUACGGCGCAAUACAAGGGCUCUAGAUUCCGGAGCCGCCAGCGAUGAGCAGCGCAAAGACGACGCCAAGAAAGACCAGAAGCAGGAUACUGCGGGCCGCUUCCUAGCGUUCAAAGCGCUUCCACCGAGAAGCAGCGUUCCGUCAUCCCCUGGCGACAACCCUGACAAUGAAGGCGAGGUUGUCAAAUCGGUAUGCGAUGAGAUUGUGAGGAUCGCCAAUGAGAUGAAGAAGGGCGGCAGGGAUGAAGACAGGACACUGAAGGUAGAGGAAAAGGAUAUAAUCAGCCUUGUGGACGCGAAGAAGAGUACCGGCUACCUGGAACAGUUUGAGUAUUCCUUGAAGAAGCUUGUUUGGGGCUAA